AUGAUGAAGAAUAAGAGCAAGUACAAGGGUUCAAGCUCAAAGGAACACAAGAUAGACUUGAGCAAAGUGACGUGUCAUCAUUGCAAGGAGGCUGGAUAUUUCAAGCUAAACUAUCCAAAGCUCAAGAAGGAGGACAAAGGAAAGAAAGAAAGGAAAAGAGUGCUCAUGGCAGCUUGGGAGGAUCUUGAGAACGACUCCAAUGAAGAAGAACAUUUUAAAGGUGAAGAUAAAGACUGCUUCAUAGCUGGACACAAUAAUCUUGAUGAGGUAAAUUACUAUGAUUUGACCAUAGAUGAUUUACAUGCUAUUAUUGAUGAUCUCACUCUAAACACAUCAAAAUUGCUAGAUAAAUACAAUAAGUGCAGAUCUGAAAAAGAUGUGUUGAAAGUUGAAAAUGAAUUUUUAAAAGAAAAAUUGAAGGAAACUGAAUGUUAUAUAACCAAAGAAAGUGCAGUUUUUAAUGACUCCUCUAUAAAAUUUGUGGCUUCUUCAUCAAAUACUAAAUCCCCAUCAAACCAAUCUGGUAUUGGAUAUGUUCCUACACUUGAGAAGAAAAUUGAUGAAAUUCACACAAGUGAAACUGAGCAUUCACCAAGAGCCGAACCUACUUCAAACAGGCCAGGCUGUGAUGCAGGAAAUCAAACUCAAAAGGACAAUGAGACUGCACAAAAUCAUGAAAAUGAAAAUUCUAGACAAGCUGAACCAGAAACUACAGCUGCUAAAAAUUCAAGAGACAAUCCUAUUUUGUCUCAUGGAUCUGAAGGAGAUCCUGAAACCAUCAGUACCCAGAAUUCUUUGGUGACUGAAACUGCCUCCAAGUCCAUCAGACCUCAUGAAUGGAGAUUCUUGAAAAAUUAUCCUGAAGAAUUUGUUAUUGGGGACGUCUCUCAUGGGGUGAAAACUCGGUCUUCAACUAGAAAGGCAAAUGAAGGAUCAGACAUUGUCCUUCUUUCACAAAUGGAGCCUCAAAACGUUAAGGAAGCCCUUAGUGACCCUUCUUGGGUAAAAGCAAUGGAAGAUGAGCUUCUUGAGUUUGAGAAGAACCAAGUGUGGACAUUGGUUCCAAGGCCGAAUGGAAAGAAAGUGACCAUCACCAAGUGGAUUUUUCGGAACAAGCUAAGAGAGGAUGGUAGCAUUGCAAGAAUCAAAGCAAGGCUAAUGGCACAAGGAUAUGAUCAAGAAGAACGAAUAGACUAUGAUGAAUUCUUGGCCCCUUUGGUUAUUGUGAUGCAGAUUUUUCCAGUGAUAGAGUGGAUAGGAGGAGUACUUCAGGCAUAUGCUAUUUUCUUGGGAAAUCUUUAA